AUGCCCACCCUAGACCUUCCAAUCUUUGCUCGCCUUAGCCUUCUUGCCCUCACCUUCCUACUCACCCUCCUCCAUCCCCUCAAUGCGGAGAUGGUGGGAAAAUGCUACCGCCAGCCCUACUGUCGCGGUCUAGGCGCUCCAAUCGAGGCAGACGUGUCCAACGUCAUGCCCAUCUGGUCUACGUGCCUGACCUUUGCCAGUAAGAUGAAGAAGGGGAAGAUCUGCAAAAUGGUGGACUGCCAGAAUUGCACGAACCUGGAGCGUGCUGGCGGUACGGUGGAGGGCAAAUUCCACUGCUAUGACGAUGGCUAUUAUGUAGAGUAUUGCCCGAAUUGA